CCCUCGUCUCCCUACAGCACUCCCUCACCAUGUCCACGCCAGCAUCAGAUCCCCCUCCCCCGAACCCACCCCCGCAGGCCGACAAGCCUGCUGAAAGCUCUGCAGACGCCGAGACCGCUGCCGCCACCGGCGAGGACGUCCGGAUGGAGGAGAGCCCAAAGCCUGUCGAGGAGACCUGGGAUGACAUCCCGGACCAUGUCCUGAAGUCCGACGCGCAGGAGAUUCGCAUGCAGACGCGCAUGAUCGAUAACGAGGUGAAGAUGAUGCGCCAGGAGAACGUACGCCUCAGUCAUGAGCGCGACCAGAUGAUUGAGAAGAUCAAAGACAAUACGACCAAGAUCAAGCAGAAUAAGGUGCUGCCGUAUCUUGUGUCCAAGGUGGUGGAGAUCCUCGACGUUGAUGCCGAACCGCAAGAGGGCGCGGCGCACAAUGAGCACAACGCCAAGAAGUCGAAAUGCGCCGUCAUCAAGACGACAACUCGUCAGACCGUCUUCCUUCCCAUUAUCGGCCUCGUUCCCCACAAUGAGCUACAGCCCGGAGACCUGAUUGGCGUCAACAAGGACUCGUACUUGAUUCUUGACAAGCUGCCUGAAGAGUACGACGCGCGUGUGAAGGCAAUGGAGGUCGACGAGCGGCCUACGGAGAGCUAUGCCGACAUUGGUGGGCUGGACAAGCAGAUCGAGGAGCUGGUCGAGGCCAUUGUGCUGCCGAUGCAGCAGGCGGACAAGUUCAAGACGCUCGGUAUCACGCCACCGAAGGGAUGCCUGAUGUACGGCCCCCCAGGUACAGGCAAGACGCUGCUAGCGCGUGCGUGUGCUGCGCAAACGAGCGCGUGUUACCUCAAGCUGGCUGGACCGGCGCUCGUGCAGAUGUACAUUGGUGAUGGCGCCAAGCUCGUGCGCGACGCCUUUGAGCUCGCAAAGAAGAAGGCGCCCGCCAUCAUCUUCAUCGACGAACUGGAUGCUGUCGGUACCAAGCGCUUCGACAACAACAAGGCUGGUGACCGUGAAGUGCAGCGCACUAUGCUUGAGCUCCUUAACCAGCUGGAUGGAUUCUCAUCGGACUCGCGCAUCAAGGUGAUCGCUGCGACGAACCGUAUCGACAUUCUUGACCCCGCAUUGCUUCGUUCCGGGCGGCUUGACCGCAAGAUUGAGUUCCCUCUGCCAAACGAGGCGUCGCGCGAGCAGAUUCUCCAAAUUCAUGCACGCAAGCUCAACCACUCUGGUGUCAACUUCGAGGAACUCGCCCGCUCAACGGAGGACAUGAACGGCGCCCAGUUGAAGGCCGUGUGUGUGGAAGCCGGCAUGCUCGCGUUGAGGCAAAACGCAACGCAGCUGUCGCACGAGCACUUUAUUGGAGGUAUCCUCGAGGUGCAGGCCCGCAAGGCCAAGGAACACCACUACUUCGCGUAAGAGAUUCAUGCAUUGGACGAGC